AUGGAGAACGGAGUCGAUUGGAGAAUCGGUGAGAAAUUUUCAGGGUUGACGAGCCCUGAUCUCGUUCGCUCCACCGGAACCGACGACAGUGACUUGUUGCAGGUCAUGAAGGCCGUCGAAGCUGCGGAGGUCACCAUCAAGCAACAGGUGGAAGAGAACAUCCGGUUGAGGUCUGAGCUCGAGUACAAGACUCUCGAGCUCCACAGACGUAAACAGCUCCUGGAAUCAUCAUCACCAAUGCCGCCGCGUUCUUCGUGUCUCGAUCCGGUUGGAUCGCAUGAUGAGCUGUUGAGGGCUCCCAAUUCCGAGACCAGCAGCCAGCCUGAAGGGGAGUAUGAUCAUCUGCCGCGGGUUGAUGAUUCCGGGGAAGAAGGAUUGAUGCAGUUGAAUCAUUCCGGCGAGAAUAAGUCUGUUGUGGAGAAAAUUUAUGAAAAUGAGAGAGAGAUUAUGCAGCUGCGGAGGCAGCUGGUGGAUUAUUCGAUCAAAGAAGCCAAGAUUCGGAACGAAAAGUAUGUUUUAGAGAGUCGGAUUGCUAAUAUGCGCUUGGUGUUUGAUCAGCAGCAACAUGAUCUUGCUGAUGCUGCUUCCAAGGCUAUGGUGUACAGGCAAGAUAUACUUGAGGAGAACAUACGCCUGGCUUAUGCUUUGCAGGAUGUGCAGCAGGAGAGGUCGGCGUUCGUUUCGGCAUUGCUACCUAUUCUCACAGACUACUCAUUGCAACCGCAGGGUCAUGAUGCUCAGUCUAUUGCCAGUAAUGUCAAGAUUUUGUUUAGGCAUUUGCAGGAGAAGCUUAUUAUGACAGAGUCGAGAUUGAAGCAGUUUCAGUAUCAAGUAAGACCAUUACAGUCGAAUUCCAAUCAGUCUAGCAUCAGUAAUACCCAACAGUCACCUCCAUCUCAUUCCAUUGGUGCAGCAUUGGAAAUUUCUAACAAAGAUAGGCUAGAAAUGGUUACUCAACCACCAUCUUCCCAUGAGAAAGCACCGGCUUCUCCUCCUGCUGCUGCUCCUCAGACUCAACCAGCUGUGCCUGCUAAGCCUACUAUUGCUAGACUUGAUGCAAAUCGAUAUAGAGAUGAUACACCACUUGGUAAACAGGUCAAAUUUCGUGAGCCUGAGAUGCAAACAAACAUAGAUUAUGAUGAUCAUGAAGAGGAAUACAAUGAGAGUGGAGGAACUUCUCCCUAUUAUCCCAGCCCCUCUUAUUCUCGGUUUCUAUCACCGGUUCAUGAAGAUCUUUUCUUAGAAGAUGAUCUCUUACCAGCUAUAGAAGGCCUCCAAAUUUCGGGUGAAGCAUUACCGGGACAUGAGCUCCAAGCAUCUGGAUACUCCAUUAAUGGAACGACCAGUUGCAACUUUGAGUGGGUACGCCACCUUCCAGAUGGAUCUGUUAACUACAUUGAAGGGGCAAAGCAACCAAACUAUCUUCUCACUGCUGAUGAUGUCAAUACAUACCUUGCUAUCGAAGUUCAACCCCUGGAUGACAGGAAGCGAAAGGGAGAGCUCGUGAAGGUGUUUGCAAACGAUCACAAGAAGAUCACUUGUGACCCCGAAAUGCAAAGCCAGAUACAGAAGAUUCUUCAAAAGGGUCAUGGAUCAUUUAAGGUGUUUGAGUUCACAGGGUUUCUUGACAUAUGGGAACCUGCUACUUUGGCCAUUAAGAGGGGAUCUUACAGCAUUAAGCGCAGCUCUGAACCUAGUGUGGUGGCGGCUGAGAAGUUUUCACCCAACACAUUCGUUUCGAUUCCUUAUGGUAGCCCUUCAGAAUUCAUGAUAACCGAUUCUGAUAUUUCUGGUGUUAAUGCUGAUCAUCUUUUAAAAACAGAUGAUAGUAGUAGUUCUAGAGAUACACUUGUGCUCAUAUUGAGAUUAUUUAUCCUAAGAGCUGUGGAGAGAAGGACAAGAAAAGGGAAAAAGAGGGUCUUAUUCUUUUGACAAGUAUGACAACUAUCUCUUAUGUUGUUGAUUCCUGUAGGCUAAGAUCUUACAUAUCUGGGUGUUAGGUGUGAA